AGACAUCGGUACUAUGAGUGUUAGUCAGACUGAAGCUAUCGCUCAUAUCGCGAAUAGUGUCGGCGGCGCUGUGUUUGUGACCCAACCAGCUAAGGCUGUUGAGUCUUCUUUCACUAGCUACUUCCCAGAUGCCUACACUUUGAUCGAGUCCAACGAUCCUUAUGCCCACAUUGACAACUACUUGCAGUCACAGGAGGAAGUAGACUUUGUUACUGUCACAUCCAGUGGCUUCACUGUUUUGAGAAACUUGCCAUUCUUGUCAGCUGCUACCUUCAAGGCCAACAGAGUCGUUUCUCACGUGCAACUCGAUAAUUUCGACUUCUCCAUUGUUUCUAGCUUGAGGGACUUGGGUUACCCAGUGUUGAUUUCGCAGUCCCCUAAAGAAUCUGCUCAAUACGCCAAAGUCGCAUAUAACUUGGCUACUAGAUUAAACACCUCAGUCUUCCACUUCUUUGUUCCAUCAAACUUCAAGAGCAAUGAUGCCGCUAACAUCAAGGGUAAGACUCUUCUCAAUGAUAUCCAAGAUUUGGAAAUUGGUGCCAUCCUUGAAGAAUUCGAUGUCCAACCAUUUGAAGCUGCUAACUCUGUAUCAAAGCCAAAUGACUCUAUCUUGUUCUUGGGUCAAUUAAGUGAAGAGCUCGUCAAGGCUGCUACCAAGGAAAACACCUUGUUGAUCUCUGUCAAGGUAUACCAACCUUUCCAGUUACAGAAGUUGUUGAGCAUUAUUCCAGCAUCUGUACAGACUAUCACUUUGGUUGAACAAAGCACUUCGUCGACUUCUUUCUCUCCUUUGCUCUUGGAUUUCUUCCAAGAAUACACCAAGUUCCAGACUUUGAAGAAUUUCACCAAGAUAGUUGCUGCUACCUUUGGCUUCAUCAAGGCUGACAAGUUCUCUCAAACCGUCACCAACUUGUUGUCCAACGUCAGAUCCGAACAACCAAUUCAAAACCUUUCUUUUGGUAAGGUGAAUACAGAGUUGACUACCAAGUCUUCCAUUCAAAGAAAUGUAGAACAUGCCAAGGCCGUCGAAAAGGCUUACACUUUAGAACAAGCUUACUUGAAGGUCUUGCAGCAGAUCAACUCCGGAAAUUUGAACGUUUUGAACGAGUACGAGUCUGAUAAUGUUGGUCUUGAAACCAACCCUGAGUUUGGUUUUGGUUCGUUUUUGUUUGAUGAACAGCAACAGCAACGUUUAGUUAAUUUGGUUUACAAGUCUGUUCAAGAAAACCCAUUCCACACUAUUGACAACGGAAACUUAAUUGAAUACUUGUCUAAGUGGCUAGUUCAAAUUAAGGAAACUGGUGCUGUUGAAAACAAGUUAGUCGAAGAAAUUAUCUCAUUAUUACAGACUGACGAGACCACCGCUAUUGCCC